CAUGGAUCAGGUUUUCUUCUAAGCAGGUUUAGGCUGAAGUCAUUGUUGGGACCAGAUAUGCUUCUUUAAAAUAGUCUUUAUGAUCACUGCGGGAACAGCCAAGGAGCAACCUGCAGUGAACUUGCUUCGGAAGGAUAUGCACAUUUAAAUUCUAACCAUCUUCAUUUCAAAAGCUCCAGCUCUGAACAAAAUGCUGGUCAUCACAGUCCUGCUGGCUGUCUCUGGCCUUGUAAGAUGUCAGGAAUUAGCAACAUAUGACCUGUUGGAAGAGUUUGGCUUGUCCGAGUCUAGAGGGGUGAGAAGGGUCAACGGGUCUGAACCUGACGCGGUGGCGUACCGGGUUAACCCAUCCCUCCACCUCAAGAAGAGCACAAGCAUCAUCUACCCGGAUGGUCUGCCGUCUGACUACUCUGUCAUUGCCACCUUCAAAGUGCCCAAGGACACUGCUAAAACAUCCUGGAAUCUGUGGCAAGUCAGUGAUCCUGAAGGCCGGGACCAGGUGGGCCUACGUUUUCAGGGCAACACCAAAACCCUGGACUUCUUCUACACCAGCCCACAAGGUACACAGAUGCUGCGGACCUUUCAGAGGGUGGAAAAACUCUUUGACGGUGAGUGGCACAAGCUUGCAUUGAGUGUAAAAGGAGAGCAGGUGAAGCUGCUGGUGGACUGUGAGGAGAUCAGCGUGGAGCCUCUGGAUGAGCCACGGCCCGUGAUCCGGCAAGGUUUUACCUCCAUCGUCAAGAGGGCUGUAGGGGACCGCUCGAUUUCGGUGGAUCUGCAAAAGAUGGAGGUCUCCUGCGAUGCGGAUCAGGCAUACUCUGAAGGCUGCUGUGAGCUCUCCAGUGUGUGCGGAGGAUAUGCUGAGAUUGGCUUAACUGCUGGAAGAGGAAGAGCCACCUGUAAAUGCGUACAGGGACAGCCGGGUGUCCAGGGACGCCCAGGACCCAAGGGUCACAGAGGCCUGCCAGGUAAUACGGGAGACCCAGGCAGAGAAGGAAACUGGGGGAUACGUGGUAACACUGGAGAUUAUGGACAUAUAGGAGAACCUGGGCCUAAGGGUGAAGAAGGCAUCAAGGGAGAAAAGGGCAUGAGAGGACCACAUGGCCAGGAGGGUGACAGAGGACCCAAAGGCCUGAAAGGGUUAAAAGGAGCUUCAGGUCAUAAGGGAGUGCGAGGGUCACCUGGAGAGAGGGGUGAGACUGGCCAGCAGGGGGAAGUUGGUGCAGCAGGAGAACGGGGAUACGAGGGGAUUUUGGGCUAUCAGGGAGUGAAGGGAAAUGAAGGCUUAACAGGAGCUGAAGGAUCUCGAGGACCAGGGGGUCGGCAGGGGAUUGUGGGAGAUCCCGGUGAACGAGGAACACCUGGAGAAAAGGGAAAGCCAGGAAUUCAAGGCCCAAAAGGAAAAGUUGGUGGAAUAGGGGAAAAGGGUAUAGUUGGUGAUCCAGGUUUGCCAGGGCGAGAUGGAGACCCUGGAAUUGAGGCUUAUCAAGGACCACAAGGACCUGAGGGAAGACUUGGACAAGUUGGUGAAAGGGGUGAAAAAGGUGAACAAGGGCCUCCCGGGGAAAUGGGCCCUCCUGGAUUAACAGGACCGCAAGGUUACAAGGGCUCUGCUGCAAAGCCAGGAAGACCAGGAUUUAUUGGGCCCCCUGGAAGAACGGGGCACAUGGGAAUACCCGGCAGACCAGGUCCCAAGGGUGACACAGGCAUUCCAGGGGUCCAGGCAAGCAAAGGGGAGAAGGGUGCAAAGGGAGUCAAAGGACCUAAAGGCAGGGCAGGAGACACCGGUGUGCCAGGGCAACAGGGACGUCGAGGAAAGCGAGGCCCUGUUGGAGAUCUGGGUAGAAAAGGCCGUGUAGGCUCCAAGGGAGUGAGGGGAGACGGUGGUCCAGUGGGCUUUCAGGGCCCACCAGGCCCACCAGGCCCCACUCUUCCUGCUCAACAUGUUAUCGAGGUCUGCAAGAGGGUGGUUCUGGAGCAGAUGUCCACAUUCGCCAACUCUGUGAAAAGGACUUGUGCGGCUGUCUGUCCGCUCUAUGGAGACGUGCCAAUGGGCGCUCCAGGUCCCCCAGGACCAAAAGGACCAUCUGGACCUCCAGGUGAUCCUGGCAAUGAUGGUCUUAAAGGAGAAAUUGGGCAGCAGGGAUUCUAUGGAGAACCCGGUGACCAAGGAAGACAGGGCUCACCAGGUGACAGGGGUGAACCAGGAGACAAGGGAGCUAAAGGCCAUGGUCUUCCUGGCCACAUUGGAGAGCAGGGACCAGAGGGUCAGCGUGGGCGACCUGGCCAAGCAUUUGAUGGGCAACCAGGUCGGAUGGGUGAGAGAGGCCAUGUUGGCCAGCCUGGAUUGAGGGGUCAUCCUGGACUACGAGGAGUUCCUGGGGUUUGUCUGACAUCUGGUUGUGCCUUACUAAAUGCUACUUCUAAUGCACAACCACGACAAGCACCUCAGCAGGCAACUCUACAAACACCCCAACGUUCACCUCAACGGGCAACUCCGAGGUCUAGAGGACGCCAGUGAAAGCACCUGGGACGUCAGACAGUGACGUGUGUAUAAUAUUAUGGCAGAAGGAUUAGAAACUGAAAUUGUGACAUGAAUGAUAAUUAAUGUAAAUAUUAAACUGAAAUGUGUCCAUCAAAAGUCUGAAAAACUGAUUAAACAUUGCAAAAUGCUGACUUGCAACAAACUGCAAGAACUGGUUUAGAAAUGAAGGUAAUUUAAACAUAGAAACAGAGUUGGCAUAUACUACAGUAGGAACAAAUGUAUAUGUAGUUUCAAAAAUUAUCUAUAAAAAUGCAAUAAAUGCUGUUUAUAAUAAAAAUGAAAAAUGUAUAUCUAAGUGUAAUUCUCUCUCUCUUUAUCUUGCCUUGUGAUUGCUGUGUAAUGGGUUAUGUGCAUUUUGGUGAUUUGAUUAUGGGAGAUUUAGAGCUGAAUCCAUAAAGCUCAAUCUGCCGUCUGUAGUUCUGGUGACGAGAGCAUAAGGUUUAUGUUUUUCUUACUCCAGAACAUGUUCCUUUACUGGAUUUGAAGUUCUUCAAAACUAAAGAGGUAAUGAAUUGAGAAAUUUGCCAUGACUCAGAAAAAACAAAAAAAAAUA